AUGUUCGAGUGCAUCUGUAAGAAGGGUUACUCUGGAGAAUUUUGUGAAAAAAGUAAGUUUAAAUCAUUUGAUGCAAGAUUUGCCAUUGCGCUGCAUGUCUGUAAAGUAUCUGCAGAUUUUCCUUAAGUUUAUUUUAUGGUUAAAGCAGCUUUUACAGAAUUGUAUCCAUGUAUUUUUCCCCACUCCUGGUCAUAGUUCAUCUGAUGGCACAAAAUAAAAAAAACAAACAAACAAACAAACAAACAAAAAAACCGGUAAUUUACCAAAUAUCCUAUAGCAAGAUUCAUUCCCCUCUUUUUUGUAUUUUGUAGUAUUUCCAGCCAUUCAGCUUCAGAACUGCUCUCAAGCUCCCAAGAAAACUGGGAUUUACAACAUUUUGAACCACGGAUCAGGGCCUUUCCCUGUCUACUGCGACCAGACAACGGACGGUGGAGGUGUGUGUCACACUGAUCAUGAAUUAGAUACUUCAGUGGUUUUCGUAGAAGUCGUUGUUUUGAGGUAGUGAGGCGACUUCGUCACGAAAACCUUCGGAUUUAAGAUAUUGUAGUUCCUAGGUGAUGACUUUCCGUCCCUUUCCCACUGUCUCACUAAUAGUCAAUGUUGAUACCUAAACAGUCAUUACAAGAUAAAUCAGCGCAUUGGAGACAGUCUCGCCACCAAAAAUCUGAAGUUUACCGCAAGAAGGUUUUUAAGCACCAAAUGGUUCAACGCAAUAAAUCGCUUUAUUUGCUGCGCGCCCGGUUUUUUCCUAUUCCUAUUCAAAAUUGCCCGACAUAGACUUCAUCCUGUUCUUUCUGUCCUUUGCGUCACUUGGCAGCAAACUUUAGUGUCAAAAGAAAACAGUCACAAUGUAAUAUCCAGUUAUUGAGGCGUAAAAAACAAGAGAAUGUUAUGAAGCAGGCAGUUUUUAGUAUUUAGGACUGUUUCAGUCUGAAACUGUUUCUAAAUGCAAAACUUUCAUGUUUUUACUUUUACAUAAAUUUUAAGACCAUUAAAGGGUAAGCUGGAACAAAUUAACAUGAGGCAAAAGCGGUUAGAAAAUAAAUUAAAAACGCGUUUAAAUCGCGGUUUCAUGGAGAUAAUUCAAAAUUGGAAAAUUUGGAUUGCAAGAAGCUUACAAUUUCUAAAAACCACUGUUUUUGGUUCAUUUAAUCAAGGUUGGAUGAUGAUAUUCAAAGUUAUUGGUGGAAUAAAUUCUUCAUUUUCUGCUGGGGAGUUCUGGAAUUCAUGCGACACAUUUUCAGAAAAUGUUACCGCUGUCCUAGAUACUACUUCAACCUACCGAGGAAACUACAAAAACCGUAUUGUUCAAAGUUGGCAAAUGUUCAGUCCUAAAGAGGUAAAUACCGCUUGACACGCUUUGCUGACCUAACGGGUUACAUCUUCCAAGAUAGGGUGUGAGAUAAUUAUAGAAAACUCAACACAGCGGUUGGCCAAGUGUGAGGCAUGCGUAGACAGAUGAUGUAUGACCGGCCGCGCGCCAAUUUCCCGCUCAACAGCAAUCUGCAAAAGGAAGUAAAGUAAAGAAAAGGAAACUUUAAGACUUUUUAAAACAUAGGGGGAUGUUUGAUUUCGGGUAUUCCGUUGAUUUAGUUUUGUUUGGUGCUUUACCAAAGCUGUUAUACACCUUCACGGUUUGAACCCUUUAACCCCUGAGAGUGACUAGCAUCUAAUUUCUCCAUAGAAAAUCACUCCACAAUGGCACAUUAAGGUCAUGAGAAUAAAAGAAAUGAUCAUCAACUAAAGAAGCUCUUGAUUUUUAAACAAAUUCUCCUUGUUAGCACCUUUGGAAAUGUAGAGUGAACAGUAUGGAGAAUAUGCAUACUGAUGUUAGGGUGUAAAAGGGUUUAGUAUCGUAGCCUAGAGGUUUUUGUGAUUUUUUUAGCCUGAAUUAACUACAUCUGUGUUGGGCCGCCUCUUAAGACUCUUUUUAACAUCGUCUCAAUUCCUGCACACGUGGAAACAUUUUAUACUUGUGGUUAACUAAACCCAGAAUUUCGUUUAGUGAUCGUGACAGGUUUCUGCUACCCUGCGAGAGUUUAGUAUCUUGUCGAGGAGCCCGGGGAAAUGACUUAGGCUGAGGCUCGAACCCAAACUAUAAGUCUCGCACGAAGAAAGUGUUUGUUUCCAUCUAAAGUUGUUGCCCGGAAAUUUUAAGUUUCUAAAAUGGUUAUAGAUGUUACACUCAGCGUAAUUACACGUUGCAUUCUUGGCUAAAAGAUAACGUGUUUCUCGGUUUAUAAUGAGCAUCGAAGUAAUACAGGGUACUAUUUGGCUACUUUUGCCUUGAGACCUGUGAAAUGUGGGAAUGGCUAGGCUAGGCUCCCUUAACCCUUGAAGUGAUUAACAUGAAACUUCUCCCCAUAAUAUCCAUACAUUAUCCAGCAAACUGGUAAUGAGAAUACUCAAAUCUAUCAGGUAGGAAUUGUUAUCUUAUCUUAAAUUCUCGUAAUUAAUUUACAAGGAAAGGCGAGGCAGCAAGAAGGGAGAAUUAACAAUUAUGAUCAUAUUUGUUGGGUGCAGAUCCCAGAUCUUGGCUGCUUGCGCGUAUGUAGGGACAACAACAGACAAAAAAAGAAAAAUUAAGGAAUUAAAACAUCAAAAGAAACACGAAGUAAAAUCAAUAAAAAGAUAAGAAAAAAUACAUUUCAAUAAUUACCGACCUUAAUUGAAGUUAUUUUUAAGAGUUGCAAAGCUGACGUCUCAAGCGUUACCCCUUCGUCAGGACGCUUUGACGAAGGGCUAACGCUCGAAACGUCAGCUUUGAAACUCUUAACGGUGGCCACUUCACAUCAUCAACUCGGUUGAUAAUACCAAAUUACCUUGUUAUACUCUCGCAUCGACGCAGCACCACAGUUUGUAAAGAAACUUUACCCCCUUUAUUCAUUUAACCCUUCAACCCCACAAGUGACCAAGACAGAAUUUGUCCUCACAAUAUCAAUACAAUAUCAAGCAGGCAGGUGAUGAGAAUAGAGAAGAAUAUCAAUCAUGGGAUUAUUAGUUGAUCCAAUACCAAAUUCUCUGAACUAACAUCAUAAGAAUUGUAUGGCAGAUAGUAAGGAGAAUCACUAAUAAGAUCUUGGGAGUGAAAGGGUUAGAGAUAUAUAUAUUUUUUAUGUCACUGUAGGCUCGUGUAGCACUUUACACAAAUGGAACCGAAGUCGUGUCUAUCAUAUUCAAUGCUAAAGGGACAACACACUUGGACUGGUUUUCACAAAAAAAUCUUAUUCAAUCACCAUGGACUGAUCUUAGGAACGCAAAAAACAUAUUUCCCUUUCACAUCGAUGGCCACCAUGGGGUGCGCAGCUUUGAAAUUACUGCCAGCUACGGGGGAUGUGAGCUAGACUCUGGAUGGCUUGUGAUUACUGGACCUGACUGUGGCUGGGAAAGAAGACAAGGUGUUGUCCCAGGAAUACUAUACAGCAAGAAAACUCACAAUAUCACAUGGAAUGAUAAUCAAGGUAGAAAUUGCCUCUGAAAAUCUUGUAAUACCCCUGUAACUGUUUGUUUGUUUGUUAGUGAUGAUUAUGUACCCUGAAAAACCCUGUCCAAUGGUUUCGUAGAUAUUCUUUCAAUUUUAAAAUUAAUGACCAUGGAGAUAUAACAAUACCUGAAGCAAAUUUCCUCCCCAGAUAUUAUGAUAUAUUUUUCGAAUUAUCCAAUCGACAUUUUCUUGGGAUUAUUCGACAAAAUCCUCUUCUUCAACGUUUUUACACACUGUUAUUCUGGGGUUAAGGUAAUUAAUCAUAAUUGUUAAUUACAAGGACAAGAUCCAAGUUUAAACUUAAGAGAAAGUUGUACAAUGAUGAUGGGAGUCAACUAUAACAAAACUUCGCAAAUGUUAACAAGGUUAGAGCAAACUAAAUCCGACUCGUGGUUUUUUAUGUUUUUGUACACUAUUCAUCUUUAAAAAUGGAUAGCUAUCAGGAUCAUGCUUUGUUUAUUGAGAUCUAGAUAAAUAAUUUACUACCUAUUGCUUAUCAAUGUUUAUUUUAACUUUUUUUUUUCAAGCUGAUGUUGGAGUUGCUCAGGUGAUGAUUGUGUACAUACGUUGA